AAGAAAACAACUUUAAUAAUUAGAAGAAUUGGAACCAAAAGAAAAAAUGAGAAACCCAAUUCUGAGGUCACAACUCCAGAAGAAAAACUGAGAGAGUUUGCUCGAAGAAGAAGAAGAAGCAAAAGCUUUUUAAAAUCCAUUUUUAUUUUCUUGUAUGAUUCCAAACUUAUCUUCAUCAUUCUUUCUCAAUCAUACCAUUCUUUCUUAAUCUCCAAGCUCGUAUUCUAUUUCUUAUUCGAUGUUUAUUUCGUUGAAAUCUCGAAGCUUCUCUUCGGGUAAUACCUAAAUGUUGAUUGGUUACUCGAAAGCCCAGAUGAGAUUUUGAGAGUAGGCCGAAAUUGGAGCCGUGUUUUUGGUUCAGUUUCUCGAGGGUUCGAUUUCGGAUUCGUGAGCUUUUGGGGACUGGAGAAUAUGGACAACGGCCAUGAGGAAAGACUUGCCGAGAGGUUUUCGGGAGUGGGACUCGGAGAAUCAUCUGGUUCCCAUGAAAACGACGUUAAAAACGAUAGCUUGUUUCAAGUUAUCAAAGCUGUUGAAGCAGCAGAAGCCACAAUCAAGCAGCAGGUGGAAGAGAAUAACCUCUUAAAGGCUGAACUUCAGAGAAGAUAUCUGGAGCUUGCCAAAUAUAAAUCAGGAGAAUCCUUGCCCCAGACAUCUGAUCUAGGAAACCACUCUAAUACUACAACCGGUGGGUCUUCCCCGUUACACCAGUCGGCCGCUGGUAUUAGUCUAGUUGAUCGGAGGAAAGGCAAAAUCAAUGCUUCAGCUGCUCAUCCGUCAGGUAUGCUGGUUGUUCACCAGCAUGUGCAUCCAAAUGGAGAGGAAGCUACUGUGAGUAAUCGUUCUGAAGACCACCAUUCUGAGGGAAUCAUGACUAAUGGCAUUGUCAGAGGAACUGUAGGUGGUGGGGGAACCUCUCAAUUGUCUUCGUCGCCAUCUACAAUAUCAUUAUCUCCUAUGAGACCGCUAUUGGAAGGAGAUCAUGACUUACACAUCAACUCGUCUUCUCAUGAAUUGAUGCCAGUAGGUGAAGUAAAUAAUUCGGGGACUGCAUGGAAGCAGGAACUCAUUCACAAGGUCCAAGAACAAGACCAAGAGAUUUUGCGCUUACGAAAAUAUCUUGCUGAUUAUUCUACCAAGGAAGUCCAAAUACGCAAUGAAAAAUAUGUUUUGGAAAAGCGUAUUGCGCACAUGCGUUCGGCAUUUGACCAACAACAACAAGACCUUGUUGAUGCUGCAUCAAAAGCUCUUUCUUACAGACAAGAGAUCAUUGAGGAAAAUAUACGCCUAACAUAUGCCUUACAGGCUGCAGAGCAAGAGAGGUCUCUGUUUGUAUCGAUCUUGUUACCUCUUCUAUCAGAAUAUUCGCUGCAUCCACAGAUCUCGGAUUCUCAGUCUAUUGUUAGCAGUGUGAAGGUUCUAUUUAGGCAUCUGCAGGAGAAGCUCAAUGUUACUGAGACAAAGCUAAAGGAGACAGAGUACCAAUUAGCACCUUGGCAGUCAGAUGUAAACCACUCAAAUGCUUCACCUUUGUCACCAUAUCAGCCUGUUGGUGUGGGUUUGAGAUAUUCAACAGAUUCAGAACACCAUCAUCAAGACAGGCGUGGUGGCUCAGCUGCGAGUAAUUACCAUCUUGAUGGUCCUGAGAGUAGGUCGCCAGCCUUCCAGAUGCCUGUGCAACCAGCUCUCAAUCAAGAUGAAUCUCAUGGACCAAAUAAUCGUGUUCAGUUUCGUGAGCCUCUCAGCAAUACUUUUAUGGACGAUGCAUAUGCUGACGUACAAGCAGAUUCAAAUACAACUUUGGAAAAUUCGACUUAUGUGGCUGUCGAUGAUCCAAGCCCUUCAAAUUAUCCGAUUUUGGCCCCAGUUCUUGAAGAGCCAUCUUCAUCAUUUUCUGAGGCUGCGGAUGAUGAUCCGUUGCCAGGUAUAGCAGACUUACAGAUAUCAGGAGAACCUUUUCCUGGGCGAGAGCUUCAGGUUUCUGGUCACUCUAUCAACGGAACGACAAAAUGUAAUUUUGAGUGGGUAAGACAUCUGGAAGAUGGAUCAGUGAACUACAUUGAUGGAGCAAAGAGGCCCGAUUAUCUUGUCACAGCCGAUGAUGUUGAUUUAUACCUUGCUAUUGAAGUUCACCCCUUGGAUGACAAGAACCGCAAGGGGGAGCUUGUGAGGGUCUUCGCCAAUGAAAAUUGCAAGAUCACGUGUCAUCCAGAGAUGCAGAGUCAUAUAGAGAAGAGUCUUUAUAACGGUCAUGCUUUAUUCAAAGUCUCCUAUUCAGUAUGCCACUUCUCUUAUUUCAUCUUUUACAAAUCUGGUCUUUGGUUUUCCUGCACAUACCUCCUCUAUGUUACUCUCUCACUUGUGCGCCUAUUGCUUUUUUACUAUGCGAUCUCUCUUAUGAAACAGAUUGGUUAUUUGGAUAUAUGGGAAGCAGCUACAUUGUCUAUUAAGAAAGAAGGCUACAGCAUCAAACCUACUAAUGACCCUGUAAUUACAGAAAAGUUCUCCUCUUCUACUAAUAUUGUGAUUCCCUUUGAUCAGCCUGCGGAUUUUGUGAUUAUUGGUACCGAUGGCGAGGAGCAUCUCUGUCGAGUAGUGGACAAUGAUGCAACAGAUCUUAGCUGCUCAAGAGAUACAAUUGUGCUCACCCUUAGAUUAUUUCUUAAGAAGACUCUGCAGAGAAAGAAGGGGAAGAAAAAAGGAUUUUUGUUUAACAAAUGAGAGUUUUUGGUAAAUAGUAUUGUUGGCUCUUUUGUUUCUUCUCUGGCCUCUCCAGCUUUAGAAUAUUAGAGAUAGUCUUAUGAACGAUUCAGAGUUAUUUAUGUAAGGCUUCUGUAGCUGAUUAAGAAAAAACUAUUCAAUCAAUUUCAGUAUAUGAAAAAAAAAAUAUGAGCAAAAAAAAAAGUAGUAAUAAACCA